UUUUCUUUCCGCCCCGCUUUUUUAUUUUUGCUUUGCUCUUUUAUUAAUUGCUCAAAGGUGUUCGCUUUUUACUGUGUUAUCGUCCUCUUGUCCAAGUUCAAUGCUUUGCCUGUUGCUGGCUGUGUUCUCGAUCGUGGGUCAUCGUCAGUUCGUCUAGAUUGUGGUGUUCCCAGCAACAGCAUGUCAUUGCUCAUGUCUGCUGAGUUGUGAGCAGGAGCUUCUUGGGAAUAGAGUUAAGCUACACAAGGCGAAGGCUUGGAGAGAGAAGGGAAAAGACCGAGGAACUUAUUUUGUCUCCUUUAACACCUGUCGUAUGGCGUUUGCAAUCUAAAUUUGGUCCUUGAGCAUACAAUGGGAAAUGAAAGCAGUUGGAGUGGCAGUCAAUGUUUAAGUACUCUCAACAAUUUUUUCAGGAAAUACCUGUUUCGUGUUUUAUCAUGUGGAGCUAUUCCCACUCACAUAGCUUUCAUUAUGGAUGGAAACCGGCGGUUUGCUAAGAAACAAAACAUGGUCGAAGGCGAGGGCCAUAGGGCUGGUUAUAAAUCCCUCAUAUCUAUGCUUAAUUACUGCUAUGAGCUUGGGGUCAAAUACAUCACGGUGUAUGCCUUUAGCAUUGAAAAUUUUAAGAGAAAACCUGAGGAAGUCCAAUAUCUGAUGGAUUUGAUGGUAGAGAAAAUUGAUGAAUUGCUUCGAGAAGGAAGCAUUGUAAAUCAGUAUGGGAUGAGGUUGUACUUCAUAGGAAACCUGAAGCUUCUAAGUGAGGAGGUCAGGACUGCGGCAGAGAAGGCAAUGAAGGCCACUGCCCAUAAUAACGGACUGCUUUUGAUAUGUGUGGCAUAUACUUCAUAUGACGAAAUUGUUCAUGCUGUUCAAGAAUCCUGUGAAGAGAAGAUGAAUAACAUUCAAGCAGAAAAUACUAGCAAGGCAGGUCGCAAUAGCACUGAGCAAAAUGGAAGUUGUGAGAAGAUGAAUGGUGUUCAUCCCCAUGAAAUUCAAGACUGCCAUAAACGUGAAGUGCAUGGAACUGUAAUUCUAGGGAAAAAUGAGAUAUGCUGUAAUGGGUUCAGCAAAUUGGAGGCAAGCGAAAAGAAAAAUGGAGUCAUCAAGCGUGCUGUUCCUGGGUUUAAUGGAGAAAAGUGGAAUGAAGUUCAGCAAUCCAUGCAAAGCCAAUUAUCCAAAGGCACUAUUGAAAGUGGUGAAGAUGGUGAGACGAUACAAGAAAUUAAACCCCUAUUAUCCAAAGGCACUAUUGAAAGUGGUGAAGAUGGUGAGACGAUACAAGAAAUUAAACCCCUCAUAAAUUUGGUAGACAUUGAGAAGCACAUGUACAUGGCAGUGGCUCCUGAUCCAGACAUCGUGAUCCGGAGUUCUGGGGAGACUCGUCUGAGCAACUUCCUGCUGUGGCAGACUGGCUAUAGUCCCCUGUACUCUCCGGCUGCGCUAUGGCCAGAGAUCGGGCUGUGGCAUUUGGUGGGGGUGGUAUUGCACUACCAGCGAAAUUACUCGUAUCUGCAGAAGAAGAGGAAACAGUCGUAAGAUCAAAUUUCUCACACCACGCAAAAGUAGGUGACAGUUUGGUCUUUGAUGGUUCAGCUGCGAUUCUGCAUUUUACUUAUAUAGGACUACAACUCGUGGAGGGAGGGAGGGAGGGAGGGAGGGAAGGGGCACUCUGGUUGCUCUUGUUUCUAUCCUCAAGCCAGUUGACUUGCCUGAUACUUGAUCAGUUCCUCUCACAACGUUGAUGAUCAAGUACCGAUCCAAUGAUCCACUCAUCGAAUAAGCUGGCACAGCCGCAGCUAUUCUCACGCACGUCCGUGUAACAUUAUUUUUUAUCAAUACUAAGUAAGAGGUGUCACUUACAUGAACGGCAUACUUCAAAAGAAAAUCAAUUGUUUUUUCCCGAAAAUAUGGAUGUCUCAGUUGCAGAAAUAGAAUGGUUAAAUUCCAGAAAUAAUGAUGCUCGGAUUCUCAUUUGUUUCGUUGGGUCUGAAACUGGAUAAUGCAAUUACAGGCUAAUACUUUCCUGGAUCUCAUAUGUAACAAUUUGGGGUUUCUGCAUUUACUCUACUCCUUGUCCCCUGUGUGUCCAUUGGGCAUUUAUGGGGCAUUA